AGUGAUAUAUACGCUGGAAGGCUAGGCCACCUUUGUAUAUUAUGUGUUGUAACAAGAGCAAUACUCUAUGCACCGGAAAGACGUCUAUUCAGAAUGCGUGUCCUUGUCGCUGUGUUGUGUGUGACUACGGUAUGGGGAUACCGGCAUUUCCAGGAUGAGAUUCCUAACGGGGCAAUAGUGCCACACCCAUGUAAGACCAACUUCGUAUGGUGGGGCGUGGGUCACCUCAACCCCCGGGGAGGAGGUAACAUCAAUCCGUUUGGAAAAGAUUUCAAGAAUGCUGGAAUGAAGUGGACAAGAGCCCUGUGUGAGAUGGACUCUGACGGAGACGGAGAGACAAACGGACAGGAGUUGGGAGACCCGGAUUGUGUGUGGACCAAAGGAAGUGUCGCGGCGGUCACCAAAGACAUCAGUCAUCCUGGUGUUUGUACUCCAUACUCGGCUCCCGCGUGCCAUGCAGCUAACACGUGGGUAAACUGUGAGAUAGAGGAUUUCCAUUGUGACGCGUUUAACGAAAUAGGAGCUAAGAACAUCUCAAUAAGGAUCCCAAGGACUGCCGUGCCAGCUGCCGAGACCAGCUAUUACUGUGUGAAAUUCCAAAUGCCCUCAGACAUCGACUAUCAUGUACUUGGCUUUGAACCACUCAUAGAUAAUGCAAACGUGAUGCACCAUAUCACCGUGUAUGGCUGUGACGAGUCAGAUGAAGAUAUAAAAGACUUUAACAAACCUGAGCCCUGUGGAGCUUACUCUCGUCAGUGUCCGUCCUAUCUAUUAAGCUGGGCAGUCGGCAGAAGUGGCAAAUGUUUUCACAAACAGACUGGUAUCCGGAUAGGAAAAACUGCGUACAGGACAGUCAUGAUGCAGGUUCAUUGGAACAACCCGGAUCAUAUCACUGACUACACCGACAACUCUGGAGUGAAUUUGUAUUACACCCCCAAUCUCAGAUCAUACGAUCUGAAUGUAAUGACACUUGGCUCACAAUACUUUGAAAUCCCCCCUGGAGAAAAGGAAGUUAAGGUUGAAGGUUGGUGCAGUAGCGACUGCUCAUCACGCUUGCUGACAGGACCAAUGUAUAUCACAACGGCACACAACCACAUGCACUACCUUGGACGAAAACAAAAACUUCAGCAGUUCAGAAACGGAGUGUGGAUCAGAGAUAUUACCAACGAAGAGGAUUUUCAAUACGACCGUUACGUUUCAUUUCAGUUUGACCCUCCUAUCGAAGUCCUGCCUGGUGAUGAGCUUAAGACCACCUGUGUAUACCAAUCUACUGGUAAGGACAAGACGACUUUCGACGGUGCGGGGACUUCAGAUGAAAUGUGCAAUGUUCUUUUACAAUUCUUUCCGGCUGCUAACACAAAAGAAUUGUAUUGCUUGUCGUGGAAAAAGUAUGAUUUAUGCAAAAUGGUAUAUUUUCCAUCAGAGUUCCCGGUGAUUGACGGCUGCGAAGUUGCGUCAAUGUUCAACCCAUUUCAUCCAGACCUCAUCAGUGUCCUUUCUAACCUUAAAAAACUUUGUAAACCUUUCGAUAUGUGUACACAAGAGUGCAAGCAGUAUGUCAAAGACAUGGUGUUGAGUAACAAGUGUUUCAGCGGAGAUAUCGUCAGUGUGUACCGUCGAAUGUCCAUACAUCACCUACCCGCCUUCGCUGAAGUAUGGGCGGCCAUUGAUUCAUGUAAAACAGAGAUUGAAGUGGAUACCUGUCAGGAACAAUGUGACUUGGCAGAUGAUGGCAUUACAGAUAAAUGACCAGCAGUAAUACAGUAUAACUUUCACCAAUCAACAGGUUUUAUCAGACUCCAGAUUUGGGUAUAAUUACAAAGCUAAAGAUAGUGUACCAACUUUGCUGCGUCUACCAUAUAGAAAAACAGUAUCGAUAUGUUUUAUGUAAUUUCUAUCUUUAUAUAUCUGAGUGAGAUCAAACGCAAAGUACCAACAAAAGUUGAACCACCUAGCCGAUGUUUGGGACACACAUGAAACUUUUACCGUUUCUCAGUAAUACUUGACCAAAUGAUUUUGAUAGGCGAAAGCCGUCCAAGUGUCGUACAAAAUCAUUUCGUCGAACAACACUGAGAAACAAGAAAGGUUUGGCGUAUAUCACAGACAUUGGCAAGGCGGUUCAACUUUGGAACCUUGCGCAUGAUCUCACUUACAUAUAUUAGUGCAGAAGAACCUGAAGCGGCAGCGAACAUGCCCUUACACUUAAUGCACGAUAGUAAAAAACACGUUUGCCCUGCACAAUAUUACUGAUGGCUCCUUUAGCCAUGCUACAUAGAAUGCUUUACCGUAUUGUCGUGCGUUUAUUAUGUUGAAUUACAUUAUUGGGUUUUUAA